AUGCUCGGCAAUGACCGCAAGGAUAUCAACCGAGGGGCCAGCACCGCGAAAAAGCACAUCUGCGUCGAUAAUACUUUCUUUGUGAAGAGGGACUUCAGAGGGGCCUCGGGCAUUGGCCUAGGUAUAACACGACACUUUAUCAUCCAGCCCAACACCCAUAUUACUAUCCUCGACGUCAACAAGACCUCAGGUGCCCAGAUCCUUAGGCAACUUCAGGCGGAGUUUCCAUCAUCCAGCAUUUCAUUCGAAGAUUGCGAUGUGUCCUCUUGGGAAAGCCAAGCCGCAGCUUUUGAGAGAAUAUAUGCUCAGCAAGGCCAAGUCGACAUUGUCUUUGCAAAUGCCGGCAUUUCGAAAGAGGGCAAUUUGUUGCCUGCAAAGAGCGACACUGGACCAUCAAGGCCGAAUCUGACAACCAUGAAUGUGAACUUGGUCGGAGUCAUAUACACUGUACAUCUUGCUGCCUACUACAUGUAUAAAAAUGAGGCACGAGAUCCAUCGGCAUCCUCGAACGGCUUGAUCGUCUGCACUGCUUCCAAUGCAGGCCUGUAUCCGUUCCCAGUAGCACCGUUAUAUGCAACCACAAAGUCUGGCGUGGUCGGUCUCGUGCGGUCUUUGGCUCGUCGGCUUGAGGCUGAAAAGAUUCGUAUCAAUGCAUUGGCUCCGGCUGUGAUCGAAACCAAUAUCGCACCCAACUCUGAUCUAUUCAAGUCCAUGAUCAUCACACCAAUGUCAACGGCCACUAAUGCAGUAGCUCAAUUUGUGUCGAAUGAAUCUUUGACAGGCAAGAUUGCAGAAGUACAUGGCCAACAUGUCACCUUUGCAGAGCCCCCGGCCUAUGUGGAUGUGGACACUGGCAAGAACAUAGAAACAUUCUGGAAUUUGGGAUAUGCAUGA